CUGCACAGAGCUGCAUCAAGUUGAACGCACCUUUUACUGUCACAGCUGGGGGGGGGCUGACAUUAACAUUUAUUGUAGAAACUCUGAGUCUUUGUGUGAAAACAUUUUUGAAUAUAAUGUUUUUACAGUGCAGGGCGAACGAGUCAGAGAGGGAGGGGUGAUGACAUCAGCAGGAGUGGGAGAGAGGGAGGGAGGGAGAGGAGGACAAAAGCAUCCUUCAUCAGAGAGAGAGGAGAGAGAGAGGACGAAUGAGAGGGGAGCGAGACGGAGACAAGAUAAAGGAGAAGAAGACGACUGAUGGUGCGGACGAACGAAGGACGAGAGACACUUAGACACACAGACAAAAAGGAGAGAGAGAGAGCAGCUGGAGACUUUAACCUCAUCUGGGCCUGUGUGCGAUCAGCUGAUUGGAACACACAGGUUGGAGGGCGGAGCCAUGAUGGGGAAGGAUUACAUGUUGGCCAUUAUCAUAGUGAACUAUGAUGACAACAUCUGGACCGACCAGAACCUGCUGCUGGACCCGGACCUUCCCUCUGGCUGGAGAACCAUCAAAGACUCCACAGGAACCUACUACUGGCACGUUCCCACCGGCGCCACCCAGUGGCAACACCCCAGCCUCACUGGAAUGCCCCAGCCUCUUGACGUACAGCAGGAGGAGGCUGGAGGACAGAGAGCACCUGAGGACAGGUCGUCAUGGCGACAUGAAGAUUAUCUGACCAACCACGACCCUGAUUCCAAGUGUUUUGCGGUGCGUUCUCUGGGCUGGCUGCAGGUGGAGGAGGAGGACCUGUCUCCAGGUCGCAGCAGUCUCGCUGUCAGUAAUGUCAUCCAGCAGCUGUCUCACUGCACUCCAGCUACCGAGCAGAGAGACCGGCUGGGAGCCUCGGGGGAGGGGCGGGAGAUGAUGCUGGUUCUGAAGAAAGACACCCUGACGCUAUUGGACCCUUUAGACCACACACCCCUCCAUUGUCAGCCAAUCAUUAACAUCCGUGUCUGGGGGGUGGGCUGCAACAACGGCAGGGACAGGGACUUUGCCUUCGUGGCGGGAGAUAAGGACACCUGUGUGCUGAAGUGUCACGUCUUUCGCUGCGACGCUCCGGCCAAGGCCAUCGCCACAGCUCUGCACCAGUUGUGCUCCAAGAUGAUGUCAGAGAAGACGCUGAUGAGGACGUCUCGCUCUCUUACCAUGGACGGUAUCUCACCUGAAGAUCUGCCCAGACAAGUUGAGUUUCUAGAGGCCGUGCAGCAGCAGGUCCAGAAGUUUGAUGUCCAGUACAUCGGAAACCUGCCGGUGUCCAGAGCCAUGGGUAACACACUCACACACACACACACACACACACACACACACACACACACACACACACACACACACACACACACACACACACACACACACACACUGAAACAAAGAGGAAGGUGUGAGUUGACGUGUGUUGCAGGUAUGGAGGUGUUGAACAGGGCGAUCGAGAGCAUCAUGAACUCCACAGACAGAGACGACUGGGAAGCGACGGUGAUCCACGUCACUGACAACAUCCUGUCGCUGUGGAGGGGCGAGGAGGGGGAGGAGCCAGUCUGGGAGUGUCAAGUUCGCUUCCUCACUUUUCUGGGCGUCGGCCAUGAUAGCCACACCUUUGCUGUGAUCGCUGACGGUGGCACGCAGCGAUUCGAGUGUCACGUGUUCUGGUGUGAACCGGAUGCAGGAAUCAUCUCUGAGGCCGUUCAGGCCGCGUGUAUGGUCCAGUAUCAGAAGUGUCUGGUGGCUCAGACUCCUCCUCCGAGGUCUAAGUCGUGGCGUGCGAACCCAUCAAAGGUCAAACGGGCCAACUCCAUGGACGGCGCCACCUUUCCUCCUCUCACAUCCCGAUACCACAGCAGCAGCAGCUCCACCAUGAUGACGGCGAGGAUACCGAAGGGCAACGGCAGUGGCAGCGUGAGGAAGGGGAUGAUGGCGUUUUUCGAAACCUUUCGACACAAACAAACCGCCACGUUCUAAUGACGGGGGCGACACCGUCAGAGCCAUACAUCAGAAGAGGUGUGUCUACGGUCCGCCGUGACUAAAACAUGUCACGAUCCGCAACAACAUCUGAUUGGCUGAAGUCAUGGCUCUGGUGGUCCAACUGACUGAUUCUGUCGCCUUCACAUCACCAGCGACGCCGACGCUCGGCACAGUCGCCUCGUCUCCGGCUGAUUGGACCUGAAACGUACGUGUCUGAACUCGUCUCACCUGUCGCUGGAGCACAAUCGAAGCUGCAGGUACGAACAGCUGGAGCAUCAGGUGACCAGGACGUGGAUCAGACCAGGAAACACCAACACGACAUCACGUGAUCAGAACUGCGAUCAUGUGACCUUUAUUAAACCUAUAAAACUGAAAUAUGAGACGGCAGCUGUGUCCGAAAUCACUCACUAAACUGUCCGGAUGUUUGGUGACAUUUUUUAUUCCCUAUAUAGUGCACUCAUUUCCCAUAAUGCAUCAUUAAAAAUAGCGUACAACCAAUGGUCUGUAACAGAGCAAUGUCGACCAUCAUGCAUUGCACUGGUGCUGGAGAGAUGAGCGACAGCGGCAGCAACAUUCCGACCUGUCGUAUAAAUGUAAACACGAGCAGAGCAUCACAAACUGAGACAAGCAAGUUUAUUUGUACAUUUAAAGAUGAUCAACAUGUUUUUAACACAAAGGGAUAGUUCACUGAAAAAUGAAAAUUUCCUGAUUAUCUACUCAUCACUAUGAUGGAGGUAAUCACAUGAACGCGCCCCCCCCCCAUAGAGGGAAUUUUCAUUUUCUGGGGAACUAUCCCUUUAAAAAGCCUCAUUUACACCAUGGUUUUAGCCUAAACGUCCUCUGAUGUCCUCCUGCCUUAACUCUUAAUACUCGGUGUAAAAAAACUUUUAAAAUUGUUCAUCAUGAUCCUGCGACAAUGACGUCAUUACCUGCGUAGAGAAAUCUUUUAUAGAAGAGCCUAAAUAGUAAAGUAGUUGUUAGUGAAUGAAUGGGUGAUUUCAGACACAGCAUUAAACUUAAUCUUUGUAUCAGAAAAUCCCUUUAACAUCCUUUAAAACCCAUAAACCUCUGAGCCCAGAUUCCCCCUUAAAAAGGCAGUUAGCGUGACACUGGAUGUUAGCGUGACACUGGAUGUUAGCGUGACACUGGAUGUUAGCGUGAUACUGGAUGUUAGCAUGACACUGGAUGUUAGCGUGACACUGGAUGUUAGCGUGACACUGGAUGUUAGCGUGACACUGGAUGUUAGCGUGACACUGGAUGUUAGCGUGACACUGG